AUGAGGCUGCUGCUCGCCCUGCUGCUGCUGCGCCUGGCGGCCGGCGCGGCCCCGCCCGACGACAACAAGAUCCCCAGCCUGUGCCCCGGCCUCCCCGGCGCGCCCGGCCACCACGGCGCCCAGGGCCUGCCCGGCCGCGACGGCAGGGACGGCAGGGACGGCGCGCGCGGGGCGCCCGGAGAGAAGGGCGAGGGCGGGCGGCCGGGACCGCCGGGGCCCCGCGGGGAGCCCGGGCCGCGCGGAGAGGCGGGCGCGGCGGGGCCGGCGGGGGCGUGCGCGCUGCCCCCGCGCUCCGCCUUCAGCGCCAGGCGCGCCGAGGGCCGGGCGCCGCCGCCGCCGGACGCGCCGCUGCCCUUCGAGCGGGUGCUGCUGAACGAGCAGGGCCACUACGACGCGGCCUCGGGCAAGUUCACGUGCCGCGUGCCCGGCGUCUACUACUUCGCGGUGCACGCCACCGUCUACCGCGCCAGCCUGCACUUCGACCUGGUCAAGAACGGCGAGGCCGUGGCCUCCUUCUUCCAGUUCUUCGGGGGGUGGCCCAAGCCCGCCUCGCUGUCGGGCGGCGCCAUGCUGAGGCUGGAGCCCGAGGACCAGGUGUGGGUGCAGGUCGGCGUGGGCGAUUACGUGGGCAUCUACGCCAGCGUCAAGACGGACAGCACCUUCUCGGGGUUCCUGGUGUACUCCGACUGGCACGGCUCCCCCGUCUUCGCCUGA